AUGACCUCGGCGCGGGAGGCGGCCGCGACCCCCCCGCUGCCCGAGGAGCGCCGCCGGGCCGCGCUGGAGCAGCUGCCGCCGCCCGCGCACUGCAACAAACCGCUGACGCCGUUCGGCAUCGAGGACAUCCUCGCGCGGCCCUCCCCCCCCGCGCACGGCGCUCCCCCGGCCCGGAUCCCGGAGAAGGCGGCGGGACCCGCACCGCCCCGCACCGCCCCGUCCUCGCCGCUGUGCGCGCUGGAGGAGCUCGCCAGUAAGACGUUCCGCGGGCUGGAGCUGAGCGCGCUGCGGGCGGCCGAAGGUCGGGACCCUCUGAGCGCCCUCGCGCAGCGCCCGACGUCGAAGAAGCGGCGCAAAUCGCGCACGGCGUUCAGCAACCAGCAGCUCUUCGAGUUGGAGCGCCGCUUCGUGCGCCAGAAAUAUUUGUCCCCCGCCGACCGCGACCAACUGGCGCAGCGCCUGGCGCUCAGCUCCGCGCAGGUCAUCACCUGGUUCCAGAACCGCCGCGCUAAGCUCAAGCGCGACCUGGACGAGAUGCGCGCCGACGUGGCCUCCCUGCAGGCGCUGAGGCUGCGGGAACCCCCCCCGGCCCCCCCCGGCCCCGCCGAGUUGUCCGAGGAGGAGAUCGACGUGGGGGCCUGA